AUGAUCACCACCCUAAUUACCCACGUUAUUAAUCCACUUGCGUACAUCGUGCCUGUUCUAUUAGCAGUUGCCUUCCUAACCCUACUCGAACGAAAAGUCCUUGGGUAUAUGCAACUUCGAAAAGGACCCAACAUCGUUGGCCCGUAUGGAUUACUUCAACCUAUCGCGGACGGCCUAAAACUCUUUAUUAAAGAACCAGUUCGACCCUCCACCUCCUCCCCAUUCCUAUUUCUCGCUACACCUAUACUUGCCCUCACACUUGCACUUACACUAUGAGCCCCUAUACCCAUCCCCUACCCUAUUACAGACCUGAACCUAGGAGUACUGUUUGUCCUCGCACUUUCUAGCCUUGCCGUAUAUUCUAUCUUGGGCUCUGGGUGAGCUUCAAACUCCAAAUAUGCCUUAAUUGGGGCCCUACGAGCAGUAGCACAAACCAUCUCCUACGAAGUCAGCCUAGGCCUAAUCUUACUUAGCGUAAUUAUCUUCACAGGAGGAUUUACACUCCAAACCUUCAACGUAGCUCAAGAAAGCAUCUGACUACUAGUACCAGCCUGACCCCUUACCGCCAUAUGAUACAUUUCUACCUUGGCCGAAACAAACCGUGCACCUUUUGACCUCACAGAAGGAGAAUCAGAAUUAGUUUCAGGAUUCAACGUAGAAUACGCUGGAGGACCAUUCGCCCUCUUCUUCCUGGCUGAAUACGCUAAUAUUCUUCUAAUAAAUACACUUUCAGCCGUCCUAUUUCUAGGCGCAUCCCACAUCCCUGCUUUCCCUGAAUUAACAGCCGUAAAUCUGAUAACGAAAGCUGCCCUACUCUCCGUUGUGUUUUUGUGAGUACGAGCUUCCUACCCACGAUUUCGAUACGACCAACUUAUGCAUUUAGUUUGAAAAAGCUUCCUUCCAUUAACCCUAGCACUUGUCCUAUGACACCUCGCGCUUCCUAUUGCACUAGCCGGCCUCCCUCCCCAACUUUAA